AAAUGUCCUUAAAUGCGCUGUGGUUUAAGGCCUAAUUAUUUCGCUUAGGGGUGCCACACAGCCUAGAAAAGUGUGUUUUGAAUGGCAGCUUAGGGGAUUAAAAACCGAGCGCCCCAUACUGUGCCGCAUACCUCAGACGCUCACCCAACCCACUCCUCAAGAAAGUCGCCAUGUCUUCAACCUCUCAAUACCCUAUCCCACUAUCAUCUCUCAAAGAUCCCCAACGCCUAGCAGCUCAAAAAGAACUAACCCAAAUUCUUAAACCCCUCAAACACGACCUCACCCUCAACGGCAUCUUCGCCCUCUGCAAAGAUGGCGUCUUCCGCUCUCUAACCGCCGAUCGCUCAGUCGUCGACGCCGUUGCUCUACGACCAGAGCUCAUCAAAGCAAUGCUCGACCGCAUGCCCUAUAAGCCUCAAAACGAGAUCGAUUAUCGUGGCGUUGACGGGACGAAAGUUCCAAAGGAGCAGUGGUUUCAUCCAGAUAAGAACUUGUUGCCGCCACCGUUCGUUCCGCCGGAGGAGAGGAGGAAUUUCUCGGCUGAGCAGUUGGAGGAGAAUAGGAAGAUGUUGGAGAAUAGGCAGGGGUGCGAGCCGCAGGUUCGUUCGGAUUAUGAUUUGGGGAUUAAGAGUUUGUGACGGUUGUGGUAGAGACUGGAAAAACUGGGUUCCGUCUUGGGAUAGACUUCCGGAGGAAGAAGAAAUAAGAACAAAUGAUAUUCG